ACUCCCAGGAGUACAUUAACUACUUUAAAGUAAUUUGUAACCAAGUAACAAUCUUGUUAUUUUGUAGAUUCAUGGAUGAAGAAAAUGUACCACUGACAGUAUUGAUGAGGAACGUUGUACAAGGGAUUGCGCCAGAUGAAAGAAUUGAUGUUACAGAUGCUGCCAUUAAAAGAUAUUUUACAUCCAAAAAGGAGGCCAACAAUAGGCACAAUAAGAAUAAAGAAGAGUUAAAUAAAAAGAGGCAAGCAACAUAUGAAAGGAAGAAAGAGAAAUUGAAGAGGAGACUUGUUGCGGUAGAGCAGAAGACGGGAUGGACCAAGGAGAAGAAAAAUAAAGUUAGAACAUUUUUCCAGCUACCAUAUGCUCACAAAUAUAUGAGCAGUGAUGAGGAGGGAGAUGAUGGUUUUGUGUCCCAUCCAUAUUCCUGGGAGAGUGAGGAAUUACAGAAAGUUAAAGGAAGUCUGGACAAAAAAUAUUUAGAGACAUGUCCUCCACGUAGCAAGAGGUUAUUGUCCAAAAAAGUAGGGGGUCUCUAAGAGAAGAAGAGCCUAUUAAAUUGAACAUUAUACAUGCAUGGACGUUAAACAUGUGAAUUGCAUGUUAAAAUAUGUUCUUAACAUAUAAU